AUGCCAAGGAGAAAGUCAAAGAAAUCCGUUGAAAAUCAAACAGUCGAAGAGGAAGAACAAGCUUUCCCUUCUGACGCUUCAUCUACUUCAGAAGAGGAAGAUGAUUUUGGCGAGCUAAUCACAGAAGAAGUUGAAAGUAAUAUUAAUAAAGUUUUAACUGCAAUUAAAUCUAAAGACCCCAGUCUUUUCGAUAGUAAAGUAAAAUUUUUUGAAGAACCAGAAGUUGCCGUCAGUAAAAUGGAGGAACAAAAGCCUAAACACAAACCAAUUUACUUAAAGGAUUACCACAGAAUGAAUUUGUUAUCUGGCACUGCAAAUGAUGAUGAUGAUACUGAGAAUGUGGAAAAACCAAAAACUUAUAUUGAAGAACAAUAUGAAAACAAAAGGGAAAUUUUGGACGAAAUUAAUAAGCAAUUUCAUAACAAUUCAAGUGAUACUAAUGAAUCAGCUGAUGAUGAGGAAGAUUUCUUGACCAAGAAGAAACCAGAGCCAUCUGAAUCCAAAAGGAAAACCGUUGUUUUACCUGAUCCAGAAAAGGAGGGCGAAGAACAUUUUUUGAACGAGUUUUUACAACAACAAGCUUGGAUUCCCAAAAAUGGGGAAAAGACUGCGAAUGGUGUUAUAGUGGAAGGGAUUGAGGACGACGAAGAAUUUGAUAAUGCAGUAGAAAAGUUUGAAAACGCUUAUAAUUUUAGAUAUGAAGAUCCAACUAGUUCAGAAAUCAUAUCUUAUGCUAGAAAUCAAGCUACUUUAAGAAGAUCACAAACAUCUUCUCGUAGAACAAAGAGAGAUUUGCAAAAAGAAGAAAAGACAAAAAAAAAUGACAUCUUUGAUAAGAAAUUACAGAAAAAAAAAUUAGAAAAGAUACAUCAAGUUAAUGAUGUCAUCGAAAACCUACAAAAGGAAUAUGGCCAGAAAAUUAAUCCCGAAUUGGUAGAAAAAAUUACCAACACCUUGAUGCAUGGUGAUUUUGAUAAUUCUUCCUGGGAUGCUGUUAUCGGUGAAUUGUUUAAUGAUGAUUUUUAUAGCGGAAAAGGUAAGCCUGAGUGGGGUCCAGAUGACGAAAUAAUGGGGGAAUUUUAUCAAGAUGACGAGGAAAAAGAGAAUCAAGAACAAGAAGCCACAAUAGAAGAUGAACCUAAAAAAUCACAAAGAAAAUCAAAAUUGGAGGAAAAAAGAGAAAAGAAAAAACAAAAGAAAGAAAUACAGGAUUCUAUAGAUAACGCUAUUGAAAAAAAUAAAUUACUGUUAAUUGAUGAAGUUAGAGAAGAGGAAGAAAAAGAAAACAACGAAAAGAGGGGUAGAUCUAAAAAUAAAGAUACAGAAACAAAAUUCAAGUAUCGAGAAGUCUCUCCAGAAUCUUUUGGUCUAACAACUAAAGAAAUUUUUGCUGCUGACGAUACUGCUUUGAAUGAUUAUGUUAGUCUAAAAAAAUUUGCUCCAUACAGAGCUAAAAACUUAAGAGAUAAAGAUAAGAGAAAGGUAACUAAAUCUAAAAGAGUUAGGGAAUGGAGGAAAAAAGUUUUCAAAAAUGAAGCUGGGUUGACAGAUAAUGACAACAUAAUCUCAUUACCUAUAGAUAGCGAAAAGCAAAGAGAAAACGAUGAAGAUUUAAUAGAACAGCAUGAACAAAAUAAGAAACAUAAAACAGGCAAGAAAAAACAUCGUCAUCAUAAAAAAAAGUGA